UGAAGAUUUUAAAACCUGCCUUUAAGUGGGGAAAAAAAAGCUUCAAAAGAGGAAUUUAUCUUGGAAAAAAAAAGACUGGAAGUGCUUGGCAGCCCACCUUGAAAUUAUUUUAUGCCAUAACAGACAGGAAUAUGGGAUCACCAGUGGGAAGAAAGAGGGAGACCCUGUGUUUCUCCUAAUCCCAGAUUUACCCCGCAGAAGUUCAGAGCGUUAUACUGGUUUAUAUAAACACCUCUUUGAACUCGGGCAUUGAUCUCCCAGUACCCACAGUGGAUAUCCCAGUACCCACAGUGGAUAUCCCAGUACCCACGGUGGAUAUCCCAGUAUCCUCAUGGAUAUCCCAGUAUCCACACUGGGAGAGCCUGAGGAGCUGCCCCGGCAAACUGAGGACGCGCAUCACUGAGGUCAUUUAACCUCAUAAAACCCGGCUUUUUGAAAGCGUGAAAACAAAUUGUUUCCCAAACGGGUCCUUUUGGGAAUGUUGUUUUUUUUAGCGGGGGAAGAUUCGGGCGGAUUUAAGGCGCGGUUCAAGGGUUUUUCCCCAGCUCGCUGGGAACGCCCUGCCCGCACUCAAAAUGGCGGCGGCGCUGAGGGGCUGAGGCCGCCGCGGCCGCCAUGGCGCUUUCGGGCGGGAGCCGGCGGAGGCGGCGGCGGGCGCUUCCCAGGCAUCUGCGCACGGAUAAAAAUCUCGUGGCCGCAUUCAAAACCCAGAAGAUGAUCGUGGCUGUGCCGGCGGCACACGGAGCAACGCGGCAGGGCGGCAUUCCCAGAGGAUGGUGAGCGGCGGUGCCGGCCAGCCUUGUAUUCCUCGGGGGAGGAGCCUUCCCAGGGCUGUCCCCAAGCAUAAAUGGGGAUUUUCCUGGAGAAUAAGUGGAGGUUGGCGGGGUAAAUGGAGAUUGAUCCUGGACGAUAAAUAGGGAUGCUCUGGAACAUAAGUGGAGACUUUCAGGUGGAUAAAACAGAAAUUUUUCCAGCAGGAUGGAGAAGAAGAAAAUCCUGAUGAAGUCCAAGGUUGCUGCUCCCAACCUCCUGAGGGCUCUGCACUCCCUGUACCGGCUCGGGCACCUCUGCGACGUGACAGUCCUCACCCAACACCUGGGAAUUCAGGAGGAAUUCCUGGCUCAUAAAGCUGUCCUGGCAGCUUCCAGCAACUACUUCAAGGGGCUUUUCCUGCACCAGGAGAUGCUGGACACUCAGAAGUGCACAGUGACUCUGCAGGACAUCUACACCGAGGAGUUCACCUCCUUCCUGGAGUUCGUGUACACAGCAGAGGUGGAGAUCGAGGCGGGAAAACUCCAGAGGAUGAAGGAAAUAGCAGAAAGGCUGGAAUGCAAGGAUUUGCUUGAUAUCUGUGAGGAAGUGAAGGCAGAGGGCAGGAAGGGCUUGGAUUUGAGCCUCCACCUGAAAGGGCAGAGGGGUGAAAAUAGGGGAUCACAGUGGCCUUGUAUCCAGCAAGAGGAGAACCCCAGGAGCUCUUCCCAGGUCGUGGCAAUUCCCAUGCAGAGGAAACUUUGGGAUAGGCAGAAACAUAAGGAGCUGCUGCCGGGCUAUGAGCUCAUUGGAGGCCAAGCAGGAAGUCUGGAGCAGGAGGCCACAGCUUUUCCAGCCCCAAAAUCCAGGCCGGCAAAGCUGCCCAAGUGCAACAAGCCACAUUCCCCGACCAGACUGGGUGUGGAUAUCACCAGCCUGGAAAACGAGGAUGGUCAUUCCCUCCGCAGGGGGCAGGAGCGGAAGCGGGAAUCCCAGGCGUGUCCCUACUGUGACAAGGCCAUCAGCUCCAAGUGCGGCCUGGCCGUGCACAUCCGGACACACACCGGGGACGGGCCCUACCGGUGCCAGCGCUGCCCCGCCAGCUUCGCCCACCGGGCUGCCUACACCUCCCACCUCAGGAAAAUCCAUGAGCAAGAGAGGAAACUCCUGCCUGUCUAUUGGAUGGUGGUUCCACCCACACACGGCCCAAACCCCACGAGCCGUGACAAAGAUCCCAACGGAGAGACUUGGGAUGGGACACCGGAAACCUCAGGAUGUGAGGGAGAUGCCAGGAAUUCAUCUGUUGCUGAAGCAGAAAGGAGCAAGGAGCAAGAGGAAUCCCAGGAAGCUGAAGGAGGGAAUGAAGAUGAAGGUGGAAUGAGUGUGAAGGGUGAGGAGCAGGGAGACUAUGACACGGGAUACUCGGAAGUUGAAGGAAGCCGGGACAACGAGGAAUGUUCUGAGGAGGAGGAGGAUGAAGCCUCGACAGAGAAGGACAGCAAAGAACCUGAACCAGGGUUUAAACUAAAGAAGGCCAGUAAAAGCGUGGCCAACAAGAAAUCCACCUACGUGAUCCAGUGCGACAAGUGCCAGGAGCAGUUUGUUUCCCGGAAAAAAUACGUGGAUCACUGCCGGGAUGUGCACCAGAGCCUGCCUGGCAAGGUGUACCGCUGCGAGGUGUGCAGCAAGGCCUUCGCCAGCUACACCAGCUGGAAGGAGCACCGCGCCUGCGUGCACAGCGAGGAGAGGCGGUUCUCCUGCAGCCUCUGCCAGGCCACCUUCAAGAGGAAGCGGGAUGUGAGGACUCACUCCAUGCGGAAGCAUGAGGGCAGGGCCAAGCGGCCGCUGUGCUCCGUGUGCGGCAAGAUCCUGAGCUCCCGCACGGCGCUGGUGUUCCACAUGCGGACGCACACCGGCGAGAAGCCCUACGAGUGCGGCGUGUGUCACUCCAGGUUUGCUCAGCCUUCCCAGCUCAAGAUCCAUACCAGAUCCCACACUGGGGAGAAGCCCUACAUUUGUGAGGACUGCGGCGCUUCCUUUGCCGACAAAGGAAAACUCACUGGCCACAAAAGGACACACACAGGAGAGCGGCUCUUCAGGUGUGACGUGUGCGGGAAGCACUUUGCCACCAACGAGUACCUGAAGUGCCACAAGCGCUGCCACCUGGGAGCCAAGCCCUACAGGUGUGAGGUUUGUGGGAAAGCCUUCGGACUCAGAGCUUCCCUGGCCCAGCACAGCAACGUCCAUGCAGAGAGGCGUCCCUAUUUCUGCGAGCAGUGCGGCAAGGCCUUCACGCAGCAGGGAGCUCUGCGGCGGCACCAGCGCAUCCACACCGGAGAGAAGCCCUACAAGUGCCGGGCCUGCGAGAGGACCUUCACCGACAUGUCCACCCUGCGCCGGCACGUGGCGAUCCAUGACCGGAAUGCUCACUGGAGAAGCUUCUUGAUCGACCUCACCCCAAAAAAAGACCACAAUUGGUCCAAAAUAGAGACUUUAGCGGAAGCGCAUCCGGGAGGAGAUCCCGUGCCGGAAAUCUGGUCGGUUGACCACGGGAAACUUUAUAAACCAGGAGGUGCUAAAGCAGCAGCAGCACACGUGACACCUGGGCUUGGGGACACCGGGGACACUGACCCCUCCCUUUUGUACUUAUGAAGCCAGGUUUAGACCCAAAAAUGGGCGGUUGGAGGAAGAAUGGUGGGAGUUAUCCUUUGGGAUGCAGGGAAUCAUUCCCAAUGGUAAGGCAGCUGCGGCUGCCUAGGGAGCUGCAUUGCAGGGGGUAGUUCCUCAUGAGGGAAUUUAUUCCACGGAAAUGUUUGCAUCUGUCCAGAAGUUUGUUUUUCCCAAAGCUGUGGGAGCAUCCCAUCGGGAAUGGGCAGGGCGGGGUGUGUGUUUAUACAAACACAGCGCGGUGCCGCCGCUGUAAAUCACCAAUUCCUCCUUUAAUAAAGCUGCCAGUGCCGCCCAA